AUGCUUUUGCAUAGGCUUUGUUUUACACUGGUAGUGUCAGUGAACGUUUUGGCACAACUGGUGGAUCCAUGGAAUGACGUGAAAACUUUGUUGAAUGAACCGCAGUUCAAUGUGGAUUAUUUUGCUAGUGAUAAUAAAAUGCUGGAUUCAAAGAGACUUCAGCUCUCUGAUGCAUAUUCGCCAGAACAACAAUUGAAGGAAUACGAUGAGUUUUGGAAUGAACAGAAUUCAACCAACUCUCUCCAAUUGAAAUUAUAUAAUGAUUUGCAAAUAUCAGCAGAGAAGUUUAACAAUGCAGAGGCGUUGUACAAGCUAGCAAAUAUUAACCUGUUGGGCUCGUAUGGUUUGCCGCAGAACAAAACUUUGGCAGUAGAAUAUUUGAUGAGAUUUAACGAAGUUACAAAUUAUACAAAUUCAACAGGUUUGUUCGAAAUGGCAGUCAUCUACUCAACAGGUCUACUGGGGACAAUUCCUAUUGACACUCCAAAGAGCUUGGUCUAUUACGAAAAGUCGGCAUUAUUAGGGGAUAUUAGAGCAAAACAGGCUUUGGCUUAUAGGUAUUUAGCAGGCCUGAAUGUUCCAAGAGAUUGUGAUAAAGCAUUGUUAUUAUAUAGAGAAGUCGCUGAUUAUAUUAAAAAUACAUACACUCCAGAAGAAUGGAACAUUUUUUUCCCACCAUUGGAAACUUAUAACAUCAGAGUCUCAGAUUUUGAAGAUGGUCUUAUCGGUUCCGGUUUAAAUACGAUAUCAGCGUCAUUGACAAGAACACCAUCACAAAAACCUGAUCUAUCUUCGAUAUUUUAUACACAAAUGAAUGAAGGAAGGAUCGUUUUAAGUUUCACUUCUGAAAAUAUGUUCGCUGAUGAUGAUGACCAGAUGAUAGACGAAUUGGUCGAUAUAUAUUACACUGCAUUGGAUAUGUACAAAGGAACCUAUAACAAAAGACGAGACCCCGAAAGGGCAAGAAUAGCUUUGGAAAAUGUAUAUAUGGAAUAUGAUGACACAACCGUCCUUAUGGAAAAUAUUCAAUUGUAUUUUUAUUCCAAAUGUAUAGACUUGUUGGGCCAUUUGUAUUUGACUGGCGAAGGUGUUCCAACUGCAGAUGUUGCAACAGCAGAAUUUUAUUUAAAGAGAUCUGUUGAGGUGCUCAAACCGUUAACAUAUAUUCGUAGUGGAGCUUACCGUGAUUUGGGUUUGAUUUCUCAGUAUGCCUAUAAUAACAUCACCAAAGCUGCUCAAUAUUAUAAAUACAUGACGGGGAUGAAUGAUGAAGAUGGGAAUGAUUUUUUCCAAUUAUCAAAAAUAUCCAUUGCACAUCCAGAAAUGAAAUUAGGUGAUCCAUUUGUUCUAAUGCAACAAGCUUAUUCAAGAGGGCAUGUACCAUCAAUUUAUGAAUUUGCUAAAAUGCUUGAAGAUGGUUUCAACAAUCAGCAUUCAUGUGAUGAUACUGCAUUUCUUUACAAGCAUUUUAUAGAAAAAAAUGAUCAUAUAUCAGCUCCUCAAUUAAAAGAAGCGUAUGUGAAUUUAUUAUUAGGCAAAACUGAGGCCGCAAUUUGGGGCUAUCUACAGGCAGGAGAACAAGGGUGGGAGCCUGCCUUGGUAUCAACUGCAUAUUUACUUUACCGUAUGUCUCCUCUAUUAGAUGAUGAAUAUGUCACAUCUGAAGAAAGAAAGCAGCUAUCGAUAUCUUAUUAUUCACGUGCUUUCAAUUUACAUAAUACUGAUGCAGGUGUCAUUGCAGGUAACUUAUAUUAUAAUAUGGGUGAUUACCCAAGAGCAAUUACGAUGUACCAAAGUGCUUCUUUGAGAUAUUCCUCAAGUGCAUUAUGGAACUUGGGAUACAUGUAUGAAUAUGGACUAGGUGUGGAAAAAGAUUAUUAUUUAGCAAAACGAUUCUAUGACGAAGCUUUAGAAUACGAUAAAAAUAUUUUAUUAGGAGUGAAAUUAAGUUUACUAAAAUUACAAUUAAAAGCAUGGUGGAGCAGAAUCAAUGGUUAUAACACUAGUUCUGAUGAUAAAAACAUUGAUUUAUUUAAUUCAAUACCCUGGUACAUGCAAAUUAUCACAAUUUUCAAAAAUAUCAUAAAUGAUAAUAGUAGACACUCUCGUACGGGAUCAAACGCAGACUUUCAUUUUGGCACCUACAUAACAACAAUAACUGAAAUUCUAGGUUUAACAACAGAAGAUUUGUAUGGUGUCGCAAUAGUCGGUUUGAUUUUCUUAUUCUACAUCUUAGUGCGUGCAAUUGCAAGAAGACAAGGUGUCCAAAUACGUGUAAAUGAUCAAAGAUUAGUAUAG